UUGGUUUUUUUUCACAACCAAAAACAUUCGUUCGAAUUCAAAAUCAUUCGAAAUUCAACAAAAAUUCAAUAAUGGUUUCAACAAGUACACCAAAACCAUCGGUUGCAAGAUCAACACGUAGUCGAACACCAUCACGUAUACCGACACCGGCUAUAAAAAAAUCCAAAUAUUCUAUAAUGAUGACAUCGACACCUAUACAAAUGAAGCAGACAAAGAAAAAAUCAAAAUCUAGUACCAAAAAAGAAUGGACAAAAACACCGUAUAAAAAAUCCGAUAUUAUUGGAUCAGCACAGAAAAAAAGUAAUAAAAAACCACAAGUAAAAAAACGAAAAUCAAUCGUUGUUGUCGAUGAUGAUGUGGAUAUGGAUAAUGAUUUGGAUGAAUAUCGGCCAUCAAAAAAAUCUGCCAAAAAAACUCCAUCAAAGACAAAAAAAACAACGGAUAAUAAAAGUAUUAUAUCACCGGUUAUUGAAUUCAAUGAUGAUGAUAAUGAUGUUUAUGAAGAACAUCUAUAUGAAAAACAUGAUUCGAAUACUGGACUAUCGACACCAUCAUCAUUGGUACGACGUUCAAAACGUAUUCGACAACAUCAUCAUCAACAUGUAUCGGCAUUAAAUUCAAUAAUGGAAGAACAAUCCAAUGAAUAUAAAAAUGAUACAAAUCAAUCUAUAAAUGGUCAAUCGAAUAAUAGUAAUAACAAUAAUAAUAACGUUGCUGAUAAAUGGAGCAGUUGGUUAAGCUGUACGUUAAUGUGAUCAAAUAUGAGACAACAUGCAACAAAGGCUUCCAACAAGAAUUGUUAUCAAAGAAAAAAAAACGUACAAAUCACACAUAUUAUCAUUUUUUUACUUAUCCAUUUUUUUCAAAAUUUCGAUCUCGAUUUAUUUUCAUCCAUUCACAUCCCAUUCGAUUUUUUUUUUGUUUCAAUACUUCGCCAUUUAAGCAUAACAUUAGUGUUUCAUUGGUUUCGUUAUUCAUAUAUAAUAAUUAAUAAAAUAUAAUCAUCACUAUCUUAUAAAAUCAA